GGGGCAGGACGCCUGGGUUCCUUCAUCUCGCCAGACCCAGGUACUGCUGGGAUGGGACCUAGGUCCCCCUCCCCGCCAGAAUGAGUCCUUGCCCCACAGCAAGGUGCUGCAGACCCCCUUGGAUUGCCCCGGGCUCAGCAUGGCGGCCCUGCGGAUGAUAUGCCGAGCUUCCCGCACAGGGACAUCGCCCUGCCUGAGUUUCACCCGGCUGCUCAGUGUUACAGCCCCGAGAGAGUCCUAUAAGUAUGUGAAUGUACAGGAAAAGGAAAUGGACAUGAAAUCCAUCACUGACCGGGCUGCUCAAACCCUUUUGUGGACAGAGCUCUUACGAGGCCUGGGUAUUACCCUGAGUUACCUUUUCCGGGAACCUGCCACCAUCAACUACCCCUUUGAGAAGGGCCCCCUGAGCCCGCGUUUUCGGGGCGAGCACGCCCUGCGCCGCUACCCAUCUGGAGAGGAGCGGUGCAUCGCCUGCAAGCUCUGCGAAGCCGUCUGCCCUGCCCAGGCGAUCACCAUCGAGGCUGAGCCCCGAGCCGACGGCAGCCGACGAACCACUCGCUACGAUAUCGACAUGACCAAGUGCAUUUACUGCGGGUUCUGCCAGGAGGCCUGCCCUGUAGACGCCAUUGUGGAGGGCCCCAACUUUGAGUUCUCCACGGAGACGCACGAGGAGCUGCUGUACAACAAGGAGAAACUGCUCAACAACGGGGACAAGUGGGAGGCCGAGAUCGCGGCCAACAUCGAGGCCGACUACCUGUACCGGUGACAGCGCCGCCCAGCCUGCUUUCUGAACCCACCCCUGCAAUAAAGGGCCUACACCCGGUU